GGCAUUUCGUCUACCGGUGAGAGUUUCGAGCUCGAUUACCUGUCAUUUUCAUAUUAUUUUCAUCGGUUUCUAUCCAUUUUCAUCAGUAUUGUUGUUUUCGAGCAACUUCUGGGAAUUGGAUCAUCAUUUUACUGUGGAAAUCAUCAACAUCUCGACUGUUUCUUGUGAAAAAUCUCUCUCGGUUUGUUGCUCAAAAUGGUUGAUGCAAAAUCUUCAAUAGCUAAAGAUGUUACUGAACUGAUCGGUAAAACACCGCUUGUAUAUCUCAACCGUGUUGUUGAUGGCUGCGUGGCCCGGGUUGCUGCCAAGUUGGAGAUGAUGGAGCCCUGCUCCAGUGUCAAAGAUAGGAUUGGAUAUAGCAUGAUUUCAGAUGCAGAGGAAAAUGGUCUUAUCACUCCGGGGAAGAGUGCCUUGAUUGAACCUACCAGUGGUAAUACUGGUAUAGGCUUGGCUUUCAUUGCUGCUGCCAAGGGUUACAAACUUAUAAUCACCAUGCCUGCCUCAAUGAGUCUCGAAAGAAGAAUCAUUCUUCGAGCUUUUGGAGCUGAACUGAUUCUCACAGAUCCAGCUCGAGGGAUGAAAGGAGCCGUUCAGAAGGCCGAAGAAAUAAAAGCAAAGACGCCAGAUUCAUACAUCCUUCAGCAAUUUGAAAACCCUGCUAACCCAAAGAUCCACUAUGAGACUACUGGUCCAGAAAUCUGGAGUGGUUCAGGUGGGAAGGUCGAUGCACUCGUCUCUGGUAUAGGGACCGGAGGUACAAUAACCGGUGCAGGGAGGUAUCUCAAAGAACAAAAUCCUUCUAUUAAGUUAUAUGGUGUAGAACCAGUUGAAAGUGCAAUUCUAUCCGGAGGAAAGCCCGGCCCACAUAAAAUCCAAGGAAUAGGGGCAGGCUUCAUCCCUGGAGUUUUGGAUGUCCCUCUGCUGGAUGAAGUUGUUCAAGUAUCAAGUGAAGAAGCCAUCGAAACUGCAAAGCAGCUUGCAUUGAAAGAAGGUCUACUGGUUGGUAUAUCAUCCGGUGCUGCCGCGGCCGCUGCAAUUAAGGUUGCAAAGAGACCAGAAAAUGCUGGAAAGCUUAUUGUUGUGAUCUUCCCGAGCUUUGGGGAACGAUACCUCUCAACCGUGUUGUUCGAGUCUGUGAAACAAGAGACCGAGAAUAUGGUUUUCGAGCCAUGAGAGUUUACGCAAUGUUUCGUUGCUUCAAAUAGAUGCCACUGAGAAUAAGAACUGGCUUUUAUGUAUUGAAUGAGUAUAAUUGAUUUAGUUUUAUGUGAGAAAAUAAGAAAUUAACUCGUAGGCUUUUGGAGAAUUUCGAACC